AUGUACGGGCUACUAUUAGAGAAUAUGGCGGAGUACAUCCGGCAAACCUACGGUGAAGAGCGCUGGGAAGACAUCAGGCGACAAGCCGAUGUCGAACAGCCGUCCUUCUCCGUUCAUCAAGUAUACCCCGAAAAUUUGAUUACAAGAUUAGCAAAAAAGGCACAAGAGAUAUUAGGAAUAACAGAACGUGAAUUUAUGGACCAGAUGGGUGUGUACUUCGUCGGAUUUGUGUCACAGUAUGGUUAUGAUAGAGUUCUAUCAGUUUUAGGUAGACACAUGAGGGACUUCCUAAAUGGACUUGACAACCUCCACGAGUACUUGAAAUUCAGUUAUCCAAGAAUGAGAGCACCCAGUUUUAUAUGUGAAAAUGAAACUAGGCAAGGACUCACUUUACAUUAUAGGUCGAAAAGAAGAGGCUUUGUAUAUUAUGCUAUGGGACAGAUCCGAGAGGUAGCCCGUCACUUUUAUAAUAAAGAUAUGAGGAUAGAACUGUUAAGGGAGGAGUUAUUAUUUGAUACAGUGCACGUGACAUUCCAAUUGACGUUUGACAAUCGCGCCUUCACGCUCGCGUCUUUAGCGAUGACUAGAGAGGAGAAACAUCUACCUAUCAGUGCGUCGGUACUAUUCGAGAUAUUCCCCUUUUGUAUUGUAUUUGGGUCAGACAUGGUGGUACGCAGUAUCGGCAACUCAUUAAUGGUAAUACUACCCGAUUUGGUCGGGAAAAAGAUUACUAAUUGGUUUGAUUUAGUACGACCGCUCAUCGCAUUCAAAUUUCAAACUAUCUUAAAUCGUACUAACAAUAUCUUUGAACUGGUAACUGUGGAAGCAGCCAUGCAUGAGAAGUCCACAGACAAACGAAAUGAGCUAAUGCGUCUAUCUGAUGAAUCGGAUGCUGCCACUGAAAAGAAUCUCAGACUUAAAGACUCGCCCAUAAAGAAACGCUAUGCGUAUGACGGGAGACGAUUGCCUGACAUUAUUAAUUUACAUCUCAAAGGUCAGAUGAUCUACAUGGACAACUGGCGGCUGAUGAUGUACCUCGGGACACCAGUGAUGCCAGAUCUAUCAGCGCUCGUGUCAACUGGUCUUUAUAUUAAUGAUUUAUCAAUGCACGACUUUAGCAGAGAUCUCAUGCUAGCUGGUACUCAACAAUCAGUAGAGUUGAAAUUAGCAUUAGACCAGGAACAACAGAAGAGCAAGAAACUCGAAGAAUCUAUGAGAAAGCUUGACGAGGAGAUGAAAAGAACCGAUGAACUCUUGUACCAAAUGAUACCCAAACAAGUUGCAGAUAGGUUGCGGAAUGGGGAGAAUCCUAUAGACACCUGUGAG